UGCUUACCAGUGUACAUGCAGAGGCCAGAGGGAAAUGUCAGGUGUCUUCCCCUCUCACUCUUCAUCUUAUUCCCUUGAGACAGGGUCCCUUGCUGAAUCUGGAGCUAUGAUGGCAGCAGAAAGCCCCAGGGAUUUGUCCUAUCUCCGUCCCUCACAGUGCUGGGUUACAGGUCCUAGCGGGCUAUUGACUUUGGUCACAUCAGUGUCAUAGAGUCUUCACAGCCUGUUUGAUCUGGUGCUUGCUGGACCUGACCCCCUACAGUGAACACAAGCUGCUGUCUUCUGUCUUCACAGCUAACUCAGCGCUCAGGAGGAGUUGAUGAGGACGUGGUGCUCAGACUUGGUUCUCCUGGGCUCUUUUGAGGGUAUUUGUGCUGCCUCUGGAGCCGCAGGGUCUUGGGCUGCCAGAAGAUACGAAAAUGAGUGUGAAUGUCAAUUGGUGCUAAAGGAAAUGCUGGAACGGCUGAACAAGGAAGCUGAUGAAGCCUUAUUGCGUAACCUGCACCUUCAGUUGGAAGCCCAGUUUCUGCAGGCAGAUAUCAGUGUGGCCAAGGACAGGUACAAAAAGAAUCUUCUGGAAAUUCAGACCUACAUCACCAUCCUGCAGCAGAUCAUACAGACUGCUCCUCAAGUGUCCCUGGUCACGGGUGGGAUGAGGGAGGAGAAGCUGCUCACAGAACGGGAAGUAGCUGCCCUGAGGAACCAGCUGGAUGAGGGCCGGGAGGCAGUCACCCACCUGCAGGCACAGAAAGCUGAGCUGCAGGCCCAGACAACAGCCCUGGAACAAGCUAUUAAGCAUGCUCAUGAGUGCUACGAUGACGAGAUCCAGCUUUAUAAUGGGCAGAUCGAAAACCUCCGGAAGGAGAUAGAGGAGGCUGAGCGGUCUCUGGAGAGGUCGUCCUAUGACUGCAGGCAGCUGGCUGUGGCCCAGCAGACCCUGAGGAACGAGCUAGACCGGUAUCAUCGGAUCAUUGAGAUUGAAGGCAACAGGUUGAGCUCCGUUUUCAUAGAGACUCCCAUCUCUUUGAUCACCCCAAGCCAUGGGGCCUCUCUCAGCCUUGGAUCCAAUGUGAAAGAUCUUACCAGGGCUGUGCAGGAUAUUACAGCAGCUAAACCCAGACAGAAGGCCCUCCCCAAGAGCCUUCCAAAAAGAAAGGAGAUUAUAGCUCAAGAUAAAGUGGACGAAACUCUGGAAGAUGCACCAUUAAAAACUCUACAAGAGCCAAAGGCAGUGCAGGGGGAGCUUACAGGAGAUGGAGACUCUCAGCUGGGAGCAGGGGGCGGACAUGAAGUAAGUCCAACACAAGAAGGCGGUCCUGAGGACGUGCCAGAUGGGAGCCAGAUAAGCAAAGCCUUUGGGAAACUUUGCAAAGUAGUCAAAGAGAGAGUGAGCGGCCACAAAGAGCCUGUGCCAGAGCCACCCGCGGACCUCUUCACCAAAGGACGGCAUAUACUGGUCACAGGGGAAUCUAGUUUUGUUGACCCCGAGUUCUACUCCUCCUCCAUCCCAGCUAGAGGUGGGGUGGUGGUUUCCAUUGAGGAAGACUCUAUGCAUCAUGAUGGCCAUGUGGAGCCCUCUCCUGGACAGCCCAUGCCACCUGUGGAGAAUGGUCAGGGGGUUCCCCAGGGCAGGGAAGGUGCCCACUCAAACCAUCAACAGGUUACAGACAAGAAUGGGAUAAGAGCCAAGGAACCGAAAGAUCUGGAGGAAAAAGAUGAUGACAGCAGGAAGGACGAUGAGGCGGGCAGGAGACCCUGUCCUGUGAUCAUACCUGGUCCUGAUGGACCAUCUACGACCCAUUCACAAACGUCUGGGUCCAAUCAGGGUGGACCAGAGGGGCCUGGGAGUAAGAGCAGUAGCCUGCUGGCCAAGAGCCCUUCGAAGGCUUUGUCUUUUAAGAAGGUAGAGGUGGUGGAAUCCAUUGAGAAGAUUUCGACAGAGAGUAUUCAGACGUAUGAAGAAACUUCUGUAAUUGUGGAGACGGUGAUUGGGAAGACAAAGGGUAACAAGAAACCGGGAGAGAAGAGCUCCUCAAAUGCCAAGGCUUGAAGGAAGAGAGUGUCUGGGGCCAGUAGGGGAAGUGCUUUGAGAUAGCUUCCUGUUUGGAUUAGAUCAUAGUUGACCUGUCUGGCGGACGACCUUCAUUAAACUGCUUUAUUUUUGCUUGCA